GGAUUACAGAAAUUUGGAGACUUGUUCAGUUAAGGGGGAACAAAAGAACUCAGUGGAGCCUGUGGGUUUUGAUGUUUGAUGCGUGGUGAAGGAACUUCUGUGUUAUAGUGGACCAGCCAGAACCCGAAGUGCUUCCCAAGUGUAACCAGUUAGAAAUUCGGACAACGAAUCCAGUGGCAGCAGGAUAAUCCACAGCAAAGGAAAAGCAGGAUUUAAAUGCACUUCACAGCUGAAAUUAAGCAACUCCUGGAAUGGGGGUGGCAAAGAGGCAGGUAGAGUUCUUUACGAAACAAGUAGAGACAUUUUCAGUAGCCCCCACGCACACUCGGUCCAAGUUACUGUAAGAUCAACACACUGGCGGGUCUGUUGACAACUGGAAAAUCGCAGGACAACAGGAAGCAUUUGACUCCUCCUCCUGCAGAGCUUUCUCUAGCUGCUCCACACCCCCAGGGGACCGAAGGAGCCAGGAGUUGUUUCCGGCUGAUUUCCACUCCUCUCUGGAGGGUCCUGGAGGGUGGAGGCCGGGCUUUGCUGAAGGUCAGCGUUGGUCACGCCCCGCGGGAGUCCGGGCCCUCACCCCUUCUCGGUGCACCUUCUCUCUGUUCAUCUGCAGCUCGGAGGCCCCUUACAGCAGCCGGCUCUCCGAACGUAGUCGCAAAGAAGACAUGGCGAAGUCCAAGGGCCAUCUGUACCUUUGGAUGUGCUUGGCUGCAGCGCUGGCAUCUUUCCUGGCAGGAUUUAUGGUGGGCUGGUUUCUUAAGCCUCUCAAAGAAAGGACUACAUCACUGCGCUACCAUCAAAGUUUACGGUGGAACCUGGUGUCCGAGAUGAAAGCUGAAAAUGUUAAAUCAUUUCUUCGUUCUUUUACAAAGCUCCCUCAUCUGGCAGGAACAGAACAAAAUUUACUACUUGCCAAGAAAAUCCAAACCCAGUGGAAGAAAUUUGGACUGGAUUCAGCCAAGUUGGUCCAUUAUGAUGUCCUCCUGUCUUACCCUAAUGAGACAAAUGCCAACUAUAUAUCAGUCAUGGAUGAACGUGGAAUUGAGAUUUUCAAAACAUCAAACCUUGAGCUGUUACCAGAUGGAUAUGAAAAUGUUACAGAUAUUGUACCACCAUAUAACGCUUUCUCAGCCCAAGGCACGCCGGAGGGAGAUCUUGUAUAUGUAAACUAUGCUCGUACUGAAGAUUUUUUCAAACUGGAAAGAGAACUAGGCAUCAACUGUACUGGAAAGAUUGUUAUUGCAAGAUAUGGGAAAAUCUUCAGAGGAAAUAAAGUUAAAAAUGCCGUGUCAGCAGGAGCCAUAGGAAUCAUCUUUUACUCAGAUCCAGCUGACUACUCUGCCCCUGAGGUACAGCCAUAUCCUAAAGGAUGGAACCUUCCUGGAACUGCAGCCCAGAGAGGGAAUGUGUUAAAUUUGAAUGGUGCUGGUGACCCGCUGACUCCAGGCUAUCCAGCCAAAGAGUACACCUUUAGACUUAAUGUUGAAGAAGGAGUGGGCAUGCCCAAAAUCCCUGUACAUCCCAUUGGAUAUAAUGAUGCAGAAAUAUUAUUACGCCAUAUGGGAGGAACUGCUCCACCAGAUGACAGCUGGAAGGGAAAUCUUAAUGUGGAUUACAAUAUUGGGCCUGGCUUCACAGGGCAUGAUUCUUUCAGGAGGGUUAAAAUGCAUGUUCAUAACACCAACAAAAUUACAAGGAUUUACAAUGUAAUAGGAACUAUCAGAGGAUCUGUGGAACCUGACAGGUAUGUUAUUCUGGGAGGUCAUCGGGAUUCCUGGGUGUUUGGCGGUAUUGACCCAACCACUGGGGCUGCUGUUUUACAAGAAAUUGUUCAGAGUUUUGGAAAACUGAUGAGUAGAGGCUGGAGACCUAGAAGAACUAUCAUUUUUGCCAGCUGGGAUGCAGAAGAAUUUGGACUUCUGGGUUCCACAGAAUGGGCUGAGACUCCAUAUAAAACUGCAAACAUAGGUAUAUUUUACCAUUCACAAAAGUGCCUGAUUGUUGAGUAUGAUGAUAAUUUUGAGAAUGCAAAAUCACUCCAGGAGAGAAGCAUUGCUUACAUCAACUCAGAUUCAUCAAUAGAAGGAAAUUAUACUCUCAGAGUUGACUGUACACCCCUUCUUUACCAAUUGGUGUAUAAACUGACAAAAGAGAUCUCCAGCCCUGAUGAUGGUUUUGAGAGUAAAUCUCUUUAUGAAAGCUGGUUGGAAAAGGACCCUUCGUUGGAAAAUAAAAAUUUUCCUAGAAUCAACAAACUGGGAUCUGGAAGUGAUUUUGAAGCUUAUUUUCAGAGACUUGGAAUUGCUUCAGGCAGAGCCCGUUACACUAAAAAUAGGAAAACAGAUAAGUACAGCAGCUACCCGCUAUACCAUACAAUUUAUGAGACCUUUGAAUUGGUAGAGAAUUUUUAUGACCCCACAUUUAAAAAACAGCUUUCCGUGGCUCAACUACGAGGAGCUCUAGUUUAUGAUCUUGCAGACUCUCCAAUCAUUCCUUUCAAUAUUCAAGACUAUGCAAAAGCUUUGAAAAACUAUGCAACAAGUAUCUCCAAUUUAUCCAAGAAACACGACCAACAGUUGAGAGACCAUGGAGUGUCAUUUGAUUCCUUAUUUUCCGCUGUGAAAAACUUCUCCGAGGCUGCCUUAGAUUUUCAUAGAAGACUUACAGAAGUUGAUCUUAAUAAUCCCAUUGCAGUGAGAAUCAUGAACGACCAACUGAUGCUCCUGGAGAGAGCUUUCAUCGAUCCCCUUGGUUUACCAGGGAGGCAGUUCUACAGGCACAUCAUCUUUGCUCCAAGUAGGCACAACAAAUAUGCUGGAGAAUCAUUUCCUGGGAUCUAUGAUGCUAUGUUUGAUAUUGAAAAUAAAGCAGACCCACAUUCAGCCUGGAGAGAAGUAAAGAAACACAUUUCUAUUGCAGCCUUUACAAUUCAAGCAGCAGCAGGGACUCUGAAAGAAGUUAUAUAGUAAGGUCUCAGCCAAGAGGCUAGCCACUAAAAGUGUUACUGAAAGUCUGAGGAUGAAAUCCAUCUUUGUUUUUGAUCUUUCUUUUCAUGUCAUAUCUGAUUUUAGACUUCCACCUUGUUCAUCUGCCAAGAUGUUCUUUGUGGCCCUUUAAAAAUUCGUAACUUCAUCACUAAAGUAUUAAACUAAUAAAACAAAAGAAAACUCCA